UCGGUAUUCUCCUCUGCUCUGACAGUUAUCGACGUUAUCGUUAUUGGCUCGCAGUUCUAGUUCUCUGGCAGUUAUCGGGCUACCACCACAGAUAACCUGGAAGUUGGUAACGGAAUAACUGUGUGUCUAGACGUUCCUGACUCGGUGACUUCAGUUAAAGGUCGUAGAUCCCGGUGAUAUUUCCAGAGGGGGUAGUAACUGGAGCGAACAAAUAUUUUCGUACUGGGCCAUCGGGGAGAGGGGAUGGCAAAUAACGGGAAUCUAUUGUCUCAUUUCUCUGCAAUUCUUGGUGUUCCGGAACACUGGAACAGGUGUCACUCUCUUUCCGGCCUUUGGUUGCGUUAGAGGGUAUUGACUUUCGUUCCGCGUUCUUGUUUUUCUUUGUGUUGUUGCUUACUACCAAUAGUUGCCAACAUGAAGAGGUCGAGGACAAGCGAAAUGUGGUCAUAUUUCGAAAUUCUUGAUCGAGAGUUUGCGAAAUGUACUUUGUGCGGUAAGAAAUUAUCGUACAAAUCGACGACGACGAAUUUAAAGAAACAUCUCCAGAAAUCACAUUUAAUUGUGGAUUUCUCUUCACAAAGACCUUCGGAGCUAGAUUUGGGUGAAUCCCUUCCUGUAGAGGUGAUCCUUGGCACCAGUAGUGUGGAAGAGGAGCGAGCUGCUCCAGCCCCCUCAAUGCAGCAAGGUGUUCAAAGUUCUAUGACAUCGUACCUCUCCAAAAGGAUCGGAGUGAAUCAGAAAAAGAAGAUAGAUGAGCAACUUCUUCAGCUGUUCACUAAAGACUUCCAACCAUUUUCAGUCGUUGAAGAUUCGGGGUUUCGGGGUUUUGUGCGGGCCCUUAAUCCUGGUUAUGAGUUACCAAGCAGGAAGCAUAUUUCAGAUGUAAUGCUGCAAGCAGCAUACACAGCAGCAAAAGAGAAAGUGGUAGACAAACUGUCAGCUGCGAAGACAGUUUGUUUGACCACAGAUUGCUGGACAUCGGCAGCAAAUGAAGGUUACAUGGCGGUGACAGGGCAUUUUGUGUCUGAAGAUUUCACCUUGCAAUCGGUGUUGUUAGGAUGUUCCCAAUUGUCUGGUGCACAUACUGCUCCAAAUCUGUCGGCAUCUCUAAUAGGCACGACAGAUAACUUCAGGCUGACAGACAAAGUUUUGCUGGUUGUGACGGAUAAUGCACCAAAUAUUAAAAAUGCAGUAUCCAUUUUAAAGUGGAAACACUUUGGGUGCUAUGCACAUACAUUGAAUCUUAUUGUUCAGAAUGCACUAAAACAUUUUGUGUCAAUUCAGCAGAAAGUGAAAACUAUUGUAGCAUUCUUCAAGAGAAGCUGCAAGGCAACAGAAAGACUGCUGACAUACCAACAAAAUAAUGGGGCAGGUCAUGUUAAAAAACUGGUGCAGGAGGUGCCAACAAGGUGGAACUCUACUCUGUAUAUGUUGGAGCGAAUAGUUGAAAUUAAAGAUGCAGUGAAGACUUCACUUGUACUAUUCACAGUUGAUUUUGAACAACUUACCGACGAGGAAUGGAACAUCUGCUCAGAACUCUGCUCUGUGUUGAAGCCAUUUGCACAGGUUUCAACACAGCUUAGUGCUGAGUCAUAUCCUACUGGCAGCCAAGUUAUUGUUCUGACAAGGGGAUUAUUAUCAGUGUGUGCAGAACUUUUGAAACGGCCAUUUAACAGUGUGACAAGGACUAUCAUUGAAGAAUUAACAAAAGGCCUGAAGGACCGUUUCCACAAUGUAGAGAUGAGCAAAUCUAUAGGAGUAGCCACUCUACUAGAUCCACGGUUUAAAUCUCUUGUGUUUGAAAGCCGAGUUGCAGCAGAUAACGCAAAGAAACAGCUUAUUGAACUAGUAGCACAAAAGAUGGGUGACAGAAGACUGACAAACACAGGCCAGAGCCAUGAAACUGUGUCAACUUCAACCACCACUGAUCCCUUGUCAGUAUGGGGUGUCUAUGAUGCAAUUGUAAAAUCAACACAGCCCCAGGGCACUCCUCAGUCAGCUGCUAUUGUGGAAGUACAAAGGUACAUGGACAGCCCAGUUAUUAGUAGAAGUGAGGAUCCACUGGCAUGGUGGCGUGAAAAUCAAUAUAUUUUCCCACAUAUUGCUAAAGUGGUGAGGGAAAAAUUCAAUAUAGUGGCCACUUCUGUGCCGUGCGAAAGAAUAUUUUCUAAAACUGGUAUCAUUAUAAAUGAAAGGCGAACACGGCUGAAGGCGUCCAAAGUUGAAAAACUUAUAUUUCUAAAUAUGAACAGUACUAACUCCUGAAUUUCCUGUUACAGGUGGAUUCGAGAGGCACACCAACACCAGCAGAUGAGUCUCAGUUUAAUACUUGGGAUAUUAUAACAGUAAGUUAUAGCUCCAGAAGUCAGUCACCAGCAGCAGAUGUCACACAGUUAUAAAAUGGGAAACUUGAAGAAUAAGUUAUAGCUCCAGAAGUCAGUCACCAGCAGCAGAUGUCACACAGUUAUAAAAUGGGAAACAUGAAGAAUAAGCUCCAGAAGUCAGUCACCAGCAGCAAAUGUCACACAGUUAUAAAAUGGGAAACUUGAAGAAUAAGUUAUAGCUCCAGAAGUCAGUCACCAGCAGCAGAUGUCACACAGUUAUAAAAUGGGAAACUUGAAGAAUAAGUUAUAGCUCCAGAAAACCGCCACCAGCAGCAGAUGUCACAGUUAUAAAAUGGGAAACUUGAAGAAUAAGCUCCAGAAGUCAGCAGCAGCAGACAUCACACAGCCAUAAUGCGAGAAGCUUGAAGAAUAAUGUGUUAUGGCUCCGAUAGUCUUCCAGCAGCAGCAAAUGUUACACAGUCCUAUAGAGGCAAACUUGAAGUAUGAGGUAAUAGUGUCUUGCAUAGAAUGGCAAACUUGACCUUUCACUUAAAAUGGAGGUACAUUUGCACUGAGUUUAAUGUUAUGACACGUGAAUGGAUUACCAGUGAUGUAUAUGUAAAUACUGGAAUUUGUAACUUAGAACUUAAUUUCAGUAUCGGCUUUGAAAUUUGGUCACUGGAUACAACUAUAUUAUCUUUCAUGUUGAUAGCAGCAAUCAUCAGAUUGCAAUCCAGUUUAGUACCUGUGAGGCAUGAGAUGUCAAAAAUACUUGUGGGUUAUUGGUAGCCUGUGUCGAGGCAAGUGGCACCUCAAAGUUUGUAAGUACAGUAGCAUUUUGUUUUCUGCUGUACUUAAAAAUUGUUAGCUGUAGCACCCAUUCUGACAUUUAAUUAUUUUGAAUUUCAAGUUUCUUAAAAUAAUACUGACAUCAGUUUCAUGUGUGUUAACACUAAUCCAUAUAUUAUUGUUAAUAUGCUAUUUUCCUCAGAUAUUAACUGAAAUUGUUUUAUUAUAAUGAUAACAACACUUCAGCCUUUGUAGACUUGCAGUAUAGGUUACCUGCUGAGAAAUAUUUACUGGAAGAAAUGGUUUCUUUGAAUAGGACCGAAAGGAAUACCACUGAAAAUGCCAAAUGUGAAUUGGUGAAACCUCUUGUGCUCAAUACUAAAUUUCAUUUGCAAAACACAUAAGUUUUCCUAUCUUUGUGGUGGAACACAACAAAUUCUCAUAAUUUUGCUAGUUUGUAUUCUAGAAAGGGUGCCAGAAAUGGAAGAGUAUAAUUUUUAUUAAAUCGGGCAUUAAAUGUAAGUACGUUGGAGUACAGAAAGGGUGCAACUGGCCUUUCCCACUGUAGCCUGAUGUGCUCCAACAUGCAUUUGUACUGAUGUGCAGGUGGUUAUAACACUAGUAUCAAACUGCAUGGUACCCACUUACUAAUGUGACCUACCCUUGCAUGAUCUGCUGCAGACAGCAAGAUAUCCACUACUGCUCUUACUACCUGUCCAACAGUUGUGGAGGAUUUUUUACCCUUGGUGCUUGCCAUGACAUGUUUUGCCCUCUGCCCUUAAAAUCUCAAUUCUUGUUACAUUUUUCAUCCAUUUUCUAUCUCCUGAUGGACCUGUAUUGAUUAAAAAACUAAUCAAUGCAGAGGUGAUUGUAGAACUUUUGUUAGUGGCAGUGUGGAGGGGCUCCACUCUUUAAAAAAAUGAAAUUACAUUGUGGGACAUGGAAUUAUUAUUAGAGGCUUUCAUGGACAUUUUGUUUACUUAAAAAGUCAGUCAUUAUGCGAGGUAUUUAAAUGUUAACUUCAAAUCUAAAACUGCAUCAAAAGAUAAAUUUCAGUAAGUCUUUAGCAAGUUUCAGUAUCUUACUUCACAUGCUGGACCCUCCAACUAUAAAAAAGUGUUUUGCAGAGAACAGCUAUUCAGAUGUUAACAUCCCAGAAUUUGUGUAAAAGAUAUCCCUUACAUUGUUAGUUUCAUUGUGGUCACACUCUAGUGUAGUUUUAUCAGCAUACAUUUAGAAGUUUGAAGAACAUAUUAAAUUAAUUGCUAGACAUGCCUUAAGUGAAUAUGUUUACUACUAAUGUGAGUCAGCUAAGUAGUUGAUGCAAGUUUUUAUGUUGUUUCUAAAGUGUCUUUAGACAAGGAUAUUUCUGCUGUUUGUUUCCUGCUCUUCUGUUUCAGAUAACUUCUCAUAUAUGCAGCAACUGCUGAAGCAGCCUCUGGCAGUUUAUUGAAGUUCCGUGAACAAAGUGUUGUGUGGUCUGUUUGUGUAAAGUGAUAAAGAAAAAUGUUAAAGUGUAAUUGCAUAUAUAUUUAAUCAUUAUUUUUGCUAGUGGUAAGAUCUAUUUUCAUGUAAAUCAGAACAUUGUACAAUAGGUAACAACUGAAUGAGGCAGUGUAGCUAUUAACAGCACUGACCAUCAUAUUCAGGAGGAUGGGGUUCGCUCUGUCUGGCCAUCCUGAUUCGGGUUUUCCAUGGUUUUCCUGGAUCGCUAAGGCAAAUGCCGGGAUGGUUCCUUCAUCAAGGCCACGGCUGACCACCUGUCCCAACCUUAAAGAGAUCCUUUAAACAUUGUGUGUAUACCCAAAUUUUGAAUUAUUGAUGUUUGUUGUAUUAUGUUGAGAUAUUCUUGGAUGAAAUAAAAAAGUUCAUACAUUUGUA